UAGUGGCGCCGUCGUCGGUGACCGAUACGGGCUGUGCGUCGGCCAUGUUGCCUCCGCUCGUGGCACCAUCGCGCGACGAAACCGCGAACCGCGCGACUAACCAAACGACGUGACGACGCCGCGUAUAGUUCGUGACCGUUUUUUUUUGGCGUGACGGAACGUCAUACCCGAUACCCGUUCGACAGUGGGAAUAAAUGCGAACGGAUCCGUGAGCUCGUUGUGCGACAGGUACUCGUCGCCUAGCCAGGAUUUCUACGAUUACAUCGCGGAGAGAUAUUUAUCGAAAUUACUUGGCGGCUUUAACGCCGUUCCGGAACUCGCGUCCUAACCUUUGAUCUUCGAGCGUUAAUUACGCGAAUAAGCACCACUCGCGAGAGACGCUCUGUUGCUGUAUCAAUUUGACGUAUCAAUCGAUUGAGUAUUUUAGUAGUUUUAGAUGUGAAACGCAAAUCAGACUUUGUACGUACAAUGUGUCGCAUUGUUUUCUAUAGCAACUCGAUGUUGCGUCUUAUCGCGUAACAGAGGUUACCCGUUUAUCGGUUUAUUUUUAUUAAAAAGGACUGCGAUAACGGGAGGACGAGAUAUUAAUUAGCAUUGAUCUUGUGUUGUAAGCCAACACAAUGAGCUAUCAUCGAGGAGGUGGUAACAAGCCGAAAGGCUUCGGCUUCACCGGCUUCCAAAUGUCUGGGACGAAGAGAGGCGGCACCAAUGUACCUCCGCCUCCGCCGAACUCUACCCUGAGCAAGCAGGGCUAUCACACGAUGAAUGCCAUUACGGAAAACGCCUUGUCCGCUUGUUGGGGUAUGCCCAAAAAGCGCAGCAAGACGGAAGAAGAAUACUUCGAGGAUGAUGACGAGCCUCCAACUUCGUCGUUGGAAUAUAUACCCGCGCCUGGUUCUCCCACGUACGACUUGAUGAAGAAAUCAACGACGAAGGAUGAGAGCGACAGCGAGGAGGACCCCCUGGAUGCUUUCAUGGCGGGUAUCGACGCGGAAGUCAAACGGAGCAGUUGCGUGACUCAGGGCGGUGAUAAUCGUAAGGAAGACAAACCCAAAGGAUUUCGAGCGGAUAUUGAUGGGGAAGACGACGAGGAAAGUUACUAUAGGUAUAUGGAAGAGAAUCCAACUGCCGGUUUACAACAAGAAGAGUCUGAUCAGGAGAUCGAUUACGAUGAAGAUGGCAAUCCCAUCGCGCCACCAAAGAAGAAGGAUAUCGAUCCACUACCUCCACUCGAUCACAGCGAAAUAGAAUAUGAACCGUUCGAGAAAAACUUUUAUAAUGUACAUGAAGAGAUCACAAGUUUAGGUAAACAGCAGAUCGAUGACUUGAGAAAGACUCUGGGUAUAAAGGUAUCUGGACCGUCUCCGCCGAAUCCGGUCACAAGUUUCGGCCAUUUCGGUUUUGACGAAGCGCUGAUUAAAACUAUCCGUAAAAACGAGUACACGCAGCCUACGCCUAUUCAGGCGCAGGCGGUUCCUGCCGCUUUAAGUGGACGGGAUAUAAUAGGCAUAGCAAAAACCGGUAGCGGUAAAACAGCGGCAUUUAUCUGGCCGAUGUUAGUGCACAUCAUGGAUCAGCGCGAAUUGAAAGUUGGAGAUGGCCCGAUUGGUCUCAUUUUGGCGCCAACGAGAGAACUGUCUCAACAGAUUUAUCAAGAAGCAAAGAAGUUUGGAAAGGUUUAUAAUAUCCAAGUAUGCUGCUGCUAUGGAGGUGGCAGCAAAUGGGAACAGAGCAAAGCGCUGGAAAGCGGAGCAGAGAUUGUAGUCGCUACCCCGGGUAGAAUGAUCGAUUUGGUUAAGAUGAAAGCAACGAACUUAUCUAGAGUUACAUUUCUAGUUCUGGAUGAAGCUGACAGAAUGUUCGACAUGGGAUUUGAACCACAAGUACGAUCUAUAUGUAAUCACGUGAGACCUGACAGACAAACGUUGUUGUUUAGUGCGACGUUCAAAAAAAAAGUAGAGAAGCUCGCUAGGGAUGUUUUAACAGAUCCUAUUAGGAUAGUGCAAGGAGAUGUCGGUGAAGCUAAUACCGAUGUGACGCAACAUGUUAUCAUGUUUCAUAACAAUCCUAGUGGUAAAUGGAACUGGCUGUUACAGAACUUGGUUGAAUUUCUAAGCGCUGGCAGUCUUUUGAUCUUUGUCACUAAGAAGCUCAACGCGGAAGAACUUGCUAAUAAUCUCAAACUGAAAGAGUUUGAUGUAUUACUUUUGCACGGUGAUAUGGAUCAGGUUGAGAGAAAUAAAGUGAUUACGGCUUUUAAGAAGAAGGAUGUCAGUACCUUGGUCGCUACUGACGUAGCCGCGCGAGGCUUGGACAUUCCACAUAUCAAGACUGUUGUGAAUUACGACGUAGCGCGAGAUAUCGAUACGCAUACACACAGAAUAGGAAGAACAGGACGAGCCGGUGAAAAGGGUACGGCAUAUACCCUUGUGACAGAAAAAGAUAAGGAGUUUGCUGGACAUUUAGUGAGAAAUUUGGAGGGAGCAAAUCAGGAAGUGCCAAAGAGCUUGAUGGAUUUGGCUAUGCAAAGCGCUUGGUUCAGAAAAUCGAGGUUCAAAGGUGGAAAAGGAAAGAGUUUAAAUAUCGGUGGAGCAGGACUUGGUUUCAGAGGCAGACCCAAUUCGUCGAAUUCGGGUGGCUCAACGUCACAAGCAUCCAAGGAUAUCAACGAAGUCGUUAAAAAGUUAGAAAGACACGGACCUGGUAGUGACAGACUUUCCGCUAUGAAAGCCGCUUUCCGAAGUCAAUAUAAUUCCCAGUUCCGAGCGUCAUCGGAUCACACCUGGGAACAGACGAUCACUCCACCUUCCGUGAUAAUGCCGCCACCACCAACCGUUCCUCCACCAACCGUUCCACCACCAACCGUUCCACCACCAAAGCCUGAGCCUGAAGAGAGUCAAGCUUCCAAUUCCUCGGUACCGGAACGCAAAAGAGUGCGAAAAAGUCGAUGGGAGUGAUCAAGUUAGUGUACUAUUAUUUGUGCAUAUUAUAUAGCAACUACAUAUAUUAUAUUGUAUUGAAACAAUAAUGAACUGAGACUUGUUUUUUAUUACAAUAAAAUUUAAUUUUACCAAUU